AUGAAUGAUGAAAAGAAGCGAUUUGCAACAUCAAUUAAGAGGCUCAUUGAUGAUGCAAAUGAAUCUGGGUACAGAGCUCCCAUAUCAGGAAAUGCUGGAGAAGAUUGUUUAGGCUAUAUUACCGAUCCUGAAGGAAGAUUAUUCAGAUUACAAAAACAAUAUAAAACAGAUGCUGAUAUUGGACCCGGAUCUUACACACCACAGCUAUCGAAAGCAAAAGGACGGACGAUUGGAGUGCGAAAUCCUGAAAUUGAUAAAAAACGUACAUUUUCGAAUAGACCUGCAUUCUAUUCCUAUGAAGAAAAACGGACUAAGAUAUUGCACUACAUACCCGGUAUAGUUCAGGAGGAUAUAUUACAUAAGAAAAGGAAGAAAACUGAGAUGGAAGAAGAGGAAGAAGACAACGAUGAGCCUCAAAAGGAACGUAAAGCGAAUCCAAAAGUGUUACAUCCAUGCUUUAAUCUAAAAACUCGUCCAAAGAAAGAAAAAACAGAAGACGAGGAAAAGAAAGAAGAAAAAUUGCUCAAAAAGAAAGAAAAAGAAAUGAAAAAGCGUGAAAUUAUGAAAUACUUCCCUACAGAAGAUGAAUAUGAAAGAAAUCCAACCGCACAAUGGGCAAAUCAAACCGGGCGAAAUUUUCCAGAAGCAAAACCAUCAGAAGUUCCAGAUCCUUGUGCAUACACUCUUCCUGAUACUAUUGGACGUGGAAAUGGAUAUAAAUUUAGACCUCGAGUUAAACAAGCCAGAAAAACACUUUCAGAUAUUACUCCUUCACCAAAUGAAUACGAUCCGAAAAUACCAGAAAAAGGAUACAUCGAAUCGCCACCAAAUAAGACCAAACCAAAAGAUUUCACGUUAUCUGCUCCAAAGAAUCUCAAAAAACCAGAUCCAGAACCUCCAGGACCAUGUGAAUUCCAAAAAUACGAAAGUCCGCUGAUAGAAACAAGGCCAAGGUCAAUUAUGUCAAGACACAGCCUUAAUCACGAAAAUUGGCAAAAUAUUAGUGAACAAAUACCUGGCCCUGGCAAUUACGAUUUGCAAACUUCUCUUGUUAAGCCUCGAGCAUCUUCUUCUGUCGAACCAAGAAAACCAAUUUCACAAACAAGUGGGCGCUUCGGAGAUCCAAUUCCAACGUUCUUCUGA